AUGAGUGAGGACUUGACCACGAAAAUCAGCAGCCUAACCGUGGCUAUAGACAAGGGGGAACGGAGAUUUCCUGCACUUCUUGAGCGGGCCAGUAUAUAUCAGCGGCAGAAGAAGUUUGAUGAAGCAAUUGCGGAUUUCAAUGAUGCCAUGGAAAUUGCAAGACAACGAGGAAGGCGAGAAGAAAUUGGAAAGUGUCAUUUCAAGCUUGGUUUGGUACUUUACGGACAAAAGAAGUACACUGAAGCAAUGAAGGAGAUCGAAUCGGCUAUUGAUUACAAUUGCAAGGAGCCAACUCUUGAAAUGUGGAAGACGAAAAUUGACUAUGACAUGAAGCGGCUGAAAAGUGAUCAAAAAGUGGAAACGAAAGAUAACAAAUCUACUACCAAAUCUACUACAACCACAACCGCUUCUGAAUUGCCAGAAAACUCUACAUCCUCCACAUCGACAUCCACAAGUAUCGAUGCCAUCAACAAACACGCACCCUUAAAGGUAAAGAUAAGAGAUGACUGGUACCAGACAAGUGACAGCGUGGUGAUAACCAUUUUUGCCAAGAACAUCAAGGAACAAGAACUUCAAGUGAACUUUUCAUCUUCUGGAGUAUCUAUAACGUUCCCUACCGGAGCUGGGUCGGAAUACAACUACAAUAUCGAACCUCUUUUCGAUGAUAUUAUCACUCUGGAAAGCAGUUACCGAGUUUUCGGCACCAAGUUGGAAGUCACUUUGAAAAAAGUUACUAGUCAAAAAUGGCCCAAUCUUGAAUCAUCUGACCAAGCUGCGACACCAAGUGCGUCGCAUUCGAGUGAGGGACCUCUCUCAUACCCCACAUCUAGCAAGAAGGCUGUCAAUUGGGCCAGUUUCAAACUAGAGGACGAAGAGGAUGGAGAAGGAAAAAAUGAAUCAGAAUUCUUUUCACAGUUGUACGCCAAUACCGACGACGAUAGUAGAAGAGCAAUGAUGAAGUCUUACGUGGAAUCCAAUGGUACGGUGCUAACUACAAACUGGGACGAGGCCAAGGCGAAAACGUUUGAAACUAGUCCCCCAGAGGGCAUGGAGCCCAAGAAAUGGGGUACUUAG